AUGGCUCUGCCACCUUCCGCAAUCAUGACGUCAAACACGACUGUGAGUAGUCUACGCUUUGGUCCAUCGAGAUGGCUACUGACGGUCAACUAUGCCUGCUCGCUCAAGCCCUGUUCGAGACUUCCAACCGAAGUCCUCACCAUGAUUGCCAGUGAGGCUGACCAUGAAGAUCUGCCUGAGCAAUGUCUCGUCUGCAAGGCCUGGUCAAGGACCACGUCAAGAAGGUUCGCAACAAUGUUCCAGCAGACAGCAUUCCCUUUCACAAAGCGCGGGAUGGUCGAGAUGCUUGCCACGUGCCAGCAUCCUCAGUUUGGACCCGAGAUUCAGACCCUCGUCAUCAUCAUCGACGAUAAGCGCAAACACGCGGCAGUGAUCCACGAUACCUACAGAGGGGCACUGCUAGCUCUGGCCGUUCGCGGACAGCGUGUCCGUCUUGGAAUCCGCUGGUGGUCCAGAUCUGGUGGCGACUAUGGUGCAUUUGACCAGGCAGCUGGUCGUUUGCCUGCUUUGCUAAGAAAGAGAGUCCUACCAGCAGCAAGCGUCGUGGGACUUGAUGUCAAAGAUCUGCUUCUCGAACUGCCGGACGCUCACUCAACUCAGCACCCACCCCUGCAUGUACACAACGGCUGGCAAAAGCUCGUUGACUUGUUCUCUCAACUUCAAGGAACUCACAACUUCUUCGGUGGGCGCUUCAAUCCAGACAUCUACCUCCGUCUCCACGAUCCCCUGAAGACAUCCUCCGCUGGCUCUCCGCGCAUGAUGUUCGGGUUAGCCUUGCGACAGUCAUCACAAGGUCGAAUCAAGUUAACUUCGUCUAUCACAGCAAUCAGAAAUGCAUGGUCAGAUAGACGCUAUAGAACCGCACGAACUCCCGGAGUCAGAAGGAUUCCCAUUGAGAUGCAAGCUCCAAUGAGUUUCUUUAGACGAGUCGCUGCCCGGAUACAAUCUGUGCGUCCCAACAGUCCUGCAAAUGCGGAGGAGAUGACUGGUCCACGAGCGCUUGUGAUUAUCCACGCUAUGCUCAUAAUCGUCAUGUAUCCAGUGGACACCAGAGUCUCACCCAUCCGCGAAGACAGCGAUAUGGAACCCGUUUAUCCAGAUGAUGCAGCUACUAAUUCCGAAAACGAGGCCAGCCAUGAAGCGCGCCAUGAACCCACCAUCAAGGUCGCAGGCUGGACGUGCCUGAGCGUGCGUUUCGCGGUCUCCACAACUCCCAAACACGACCCUCCUGAGACCAAAGAAGGCAAUGGCUAUGAUGGGGACAGAAAUGCCAAAGACGAAGAAGACAACUCUGCAAUCUCUCAGACCAUUAUUUGCACUGGCAUCUGCGAAUGGGAAGGUUGCGACCAAAUCCUCAGAGGCCCGGACACUUCUUUCAAUCUCUACCACCAUAUCGUCAAGGAACACGUCGGCAAGCCCGGAGACACAAACAAUUACGACCCGAAUUGCCAUUGGGCAGCCUGCGACUACGAAGGCAAGAUCCGACGUUACCUUCUCUCCCACAUCAUCACCCACGUCCCGGAAUACAAGCCCCUGACUUGCAGCGAAUGCGGAUGGAAAUUCCAGCGUGUGUCCAACUUGCGUACUGACCAGAAGAGUUGCAAGAACAAGCAGAAGUGA